AUGAACGGUUAUUACGAUUGGGAAUCUCAUGAGGAGGUCGUCAGCGGUGAUGUCGGUAUCAACUUGUGGAACUUCGCCUGUGGAAUCACGAGAUCUCAUCCCCCGCUUGGAUACGGACUGGGGGGCUUAGGAGUAUCAUUGAAACUUUUAAAACGCAUAGAAUGUUCGAAAGUAGCUGGGGACGACACAACAUUCCGUAGCUCCAUUCGCACAGUCGUACCAUCGACUGACGAAGCUCUUGGAGCGACGCGUUCGUUCGGAAGCUAUAAGUUUUGGUCCGACAAGAAUGUCGACGCUAUCCACUACCACGCCGGGAAGAUCAUGGUGCAAUACCAAGAUUCGACAGUCGAUAUCUGGACGCUGUAUGAGCAUAAGAAUGGUGGAUACUCAGACUGA